GGAGGGAAGGGAGGGGAGGGGGGGCUGGACUGCCCUCUGACACGACCCUGUCACAUGAGAGGGGAACCAACACGUACACCAGCCAAAGAGCUUAGGUGAAGGUUAUGAUUCUGCAGGAGGAAGCUGUGCUGAGAGAAAAUGAAUAUUUGUAAUCUAGAGGGAGGUCGGUGUGCAGAGAUGGCCAUGGUAUGCCUGACAGAUUUUGAGGAGUAUGCCAAGGAGCAUCUUUCGAAGGCCACCUGGGAUUAUUAUGCAGCUGGAGCGGAUGAAUGCUGCACCAGGGACGACAACCUACUGGCGUACAAAAGGAUCCGACUGAGGCCUCGCAUCCUGCGGGAUGUGUCAGUGAGCGACACACGGACCACAGUGCAGGGGACAGAAAUCAGUUUCCCAGUUGGUAUCGCACCUACUGCCUUUCACUGCCUGGCCUGGCACGAGGGAGAGAUGGCCACAGCUCGGGCCACAGAGGCACUCAACACCUGCUACAUUACCAGCACCUACUCCACCUGCUCAGUAGAGGAGAUUGUUGCAGCGGCACCAAACGGCUACCGCUGGUUCCAGCUGUAUGUGUACCGUGACCGGAAGCUGUCUGAACAGAUUGUGCACCGCGUGGAGGCGCUCGGCUACAAGGCCCUGGUCCUUACUGUUGACGUACCUUACACCGGAAAGCGCCGCAACGACAUCCGCAACCAGUUUAAGCUGCCGCCUCACCUCAAGGUCAAGAACUUUGAUGGAGUGUUCCAGCAGGAGACUGCAGGGCCAGAGGAGUAUGGGAUCCCAGCCAACACCUUGGACCCCUCCAUCAGCUGGAAAGAUGUGUACUGGCUGCAGUCCAUCACCCGCCUGCCUAUUAUCAUCAAGGGCAUCCUGACCAAGGAGGACGCUGAACUGGCCGUGGAGCACGGUGUCCAGGGCAUCAUUGUGUCAAACCACGGGGGGAGACAGCUGGAUGGAGGCCCAGCCUCGAUUGACGCACUGUCUGAGAUCGUAGACACAGUGCAGGGCAGGAUCGAGGUCUAUCUGGACGGAGGCAUCAGGACAGGGAGUGAUGUACUGAAAGCGCUGGCCUUGGGAGCCAAGUGUGUUUUCAUUGGCCGCCCAGCAGUGUGGGGCCUUGCAUACAAGGGUGAGGAAGGAGUGAGGGAGGUACUGCAGAUCUUAAAUGACGAGUUCCGUCUCUCCAUGGCUUUAUCAGGUUGCAGGAACGUGGCUGAAAUCAACAGGAACCUGAUUCAGUUCUCCAAACUCUAACUUGCCAGCAAAGGGCAGCACUGAGAAUGACAACGGUACCCACCCAACAGGAUUGAUACUGAAUCAAACCAAAAGCUAUGAACAGGAGCCUGAGACAGGGCACUGUGACAAACUGAGAGACAUUCAUCUCAGGACUUACGUCUUGAUUAUAUCAAAGAAACACAAUACAUGCAAGCAGCUUCCAUCAUUUGGAAAUGACCUGUGCCUGACAUCUGGAAAUGUUUUCAUGCAGAGUGUACGAGUGGGGGAGGUCAGAGGCAGAUUUAGCAAGUGAACAAUGAAAGUGUUUUUGCUUUUGGAUUAGAGGGGAUGGAAGGCACUUAUCGUGAAACCAACAAACUUCUUUUGGUCUUACUGCAAUGAAUGCAACUGAUAAUGACACACACACUAUGGUUUGAAAUGCUGCCAGUACCUGUGGUUUAAUAAACACCUGCUGAGAUGGUGAA